AUGAUGGAGGGAGGCGAGGCGCUGGAGGUUGCCGGGGGGAAGAUCAAAAUUGGCGUCUGCGUAAUGGAAAAGAAGGUGAAAAAUGCGGCUACGCAGGUUUUCUGAUCUUUUCUUUCUUCCCAUGCGCUCCCGUCCUCGCCAAGUUUUGUUUGACGAUCCCGCCAUCUCAGUACCUCUUUGUUGUUGCUCCUGACGCUCGCUUUGUUUUUUGCUUCAUCUUCUGUUGUUUUUGUAUCAUCUGCAACUUUCGCUGAUGUGGUGUUGCGUUUGUUAGGCGUGCUCCGCUCCCAUGAAGCAAAUCCUGGAUCGGCUGCAAGCAUUCGGUGAAUUUGAGGUAAUUACUACAUCUCUUUGAUUCAGCUGUUGCCACACGAUCUAUCAUAAGAAAGAGUGAAACGUCAUCCGUGGACGGCCAGGAUUGAUCUUGAUGACCUUGGAAAUAGUCGGCCUGCCAAGAUGGAUAGUCUUCUGAUUCAUUGGUUCUCAUUGUAACGUCUGUGGUCGUCGAUUUGUUUUUGCCUUGCCAUUCAGCGUGUUUUACAAACAUUAAUAAUGAAGGCUCUUGGGAUUGUGCAUGUCUAAAUAUUGUCAUUUUUUUUUCCCUCCCACAGACUGUGGACACCUCUCUCUGGCCAUCAUCAGUCUUUAUUUCUGCUUUUACUCUAUGAACAGCAAUGUUUCUCUAGUUUUCUUGUGGUGUGUCUGCUUUGUGGAAAAUUUCCCAAUAGCUGUUGCUUAUGUUUUCCUCUUUUCCAUGAAUCAAUUUAAUCAAAUUACUACCGUUAAAUCAUUGCAUGGAAGGAUGGAUAAUGUGCAGAGGACUGAUUUACAUGACAGAUGGAACAAAAGAUGAAAUCCACUUGUGUAAGUGCAUACCGGUUUUCUAGCAUUCUUAAUACAAUAACGAAUUCGUCUGAAUUCGUGUUCAUUUUUUAUAUUGCGGAAGGAAGUUACAAAGUGGAAGUGUUUAAGCUUUGAAUUGUCUAAUUCUGAUAUUUAGUCCUUUUAACACUUUCAUCUAAAACAGCUGUCAACUGACAUAAGUUUGAUCAAAUCGAGAGUGUAGAUUUGAUCUAUAAUGCCUGUCACCUGAAAACACUGUCAUAAGUUUUCUGUUUUAAAUAAUAUAUUUCUGUGGAUAUUUUGGGAAAUAAUGACACUGCUUGAGCUAAGACGAUAAGGUUCAUUUAACCUAAAACUGAGGAAAUCUGUAGCUGAUCCACGAUCACUAUCCUAAAAAGAUAGUGAUCUUAUAUAAUCUAUUAUCUCGGCACCACUUUAUGAUCCUUCGAUGGAUCUGAAGUCUUAUGUACAUUUGUUGAUUACACUCGAGGAUUGAUGUUCUUGUGGACGUGAGACAGAGAGUUUCUGUUUCAGCCUUUGUUUCGUAGUUUCAUAGAUUAUAAUCAGCCGUCAUAUGGCUAUUAUGAUUUGAGGAAUUGGCAGUACCUGUCCAGAUUUGUCGUUAGGUUACAUGCAGAAUAUUUUUAGCGUUAAUUAAUUCAGUUUUCUAUGCCAUUUUCUGAGAGGUCGCCUGAGAAGUGCCAUAAAAUAUUGAUGUUUAUGCUGGUUUCGCUUGGCAUCCAGUCAAAAUGACAUUUCCUUUUAAAGGAUGACUCUCUGAUAAAGGCAGUCAUGAAAUCAUUCAUGUUUUUUCUGAUUUUAUCUUAUAUAUUUCCUAACUAAGCGUUGAUCUCUUAUGUUACAGAUCAUAUGUUUCGGAGAUCAAGUUAUUCUCGAAGAACCUGUGGAGAAGUAUAUCUUUUGCAUUGAAUUACAUGUUAGAUUUUAAUUUUUUAUUCGUGCUUAUUUUGCGCGGAAGGCUUUUGGGUGCCCUACAAUGCUUGGAUCUUUUUUAUAUUUUUCAAAAAAAUAUCAUUAAUUUUCAAAUUGGAAUUGGCCUUAUUUCCAGAAGUUGUUAUUUUUCUAAUUUCACCAUUAUGGAAAGUGUAUAAGUAGUUGCUAUUGAAUAAACCUGGGAAAAGUUGGGCAAUCAGGUUAGACUGUCUUGACUAGGCUGUGUUGUGGGUCGACAGGCAUCUCCGAGCUGCACUUGAAAAUCGGCAUUACCUGCACCAAUUAGGGGAGCCCGCUGAAUAUACAUGUUCCUGAUGAACCUCAAAACUAUUUGUAGAUUGGCUGAUUUUAGGGUUGAAUCUGGUGAUUAUGGAUUUCUCAGUCAGGUGUUGGCUGAUUCCCAGGUGUUCCAAGAUGUUUCAGCUAGUCCUAAUGGCCGAUCAAACAGAAUAAUGGUUUAUCCAAAAAUUAUCGUUUCCCUUUGAUCGGACAAUUUUCUCUGUGCAAUAUGAAAUUAUAUAUUUGAAAAUGUAACGUAGAAUUGUCUGUACGAAGUUGAUUCGUGUUCUAAUGUUUACAAAAUCAGCGGGGAAUUACUCAAUCCUACUUUCAUCGAUUUGAAGAAGAAAAAGUGCUUCCGUUGGUUAAAUUUGGGAACCCUUUCUGUUAAAAAGGAGAUAUAAAGCACAUCCAAGAUGUUAUGUACCUGUGAACAUGAGAGAAUGGGGAUCCGGUGUAAGAUCUAAAAGAUUGUAAAUCGAAAACCAAAUCUGGACUAGUUCUGUCUAUUUCUUCUUUGUACAAGUAACAGUUUCUUCCAGUUGGUUCUAGCUGGUUUUGUAAUACAUGAAUGAGCUUCUUGAAUUUAGCGGACGCCCUUUUAAAUAUUGAUUAUUUAUGGAAGCUAACCUAAUAUGUCUUGAUUUUCCUUGUGAUAUUGGGGGAAAAAGGCCAACUCAGCAGGUUGUUAAAUACUUUAAUUCAGGAUGCUUUCUAUACCUCAGUAUUGCUUAGAUACAAGUAUAAAUACAACCUUUAGGAAUAUUCACGAAUUUAAUCCGGAAAUUGGAUCGGGAUAAGCGCAGCACAAAGUAGGAUCAUGCAUUUAUAAUGAUUUCUAUGGAAAACACAGGCUUUGCUGACUCGUCAUGGUUUGCUCUGAUUCAUGGAUCAGUUCAUUUUCAUGAUUCUAAUCGUCAACACACCCUAGAAUAGCCGGACAAUGCAUCUAGAAUGUUUUUGAAGGAAAUCUAUUUUCUAAAAAAUAGUUUUGCCCACGGGAUUGCAUAAGUUAUAGUCGAGUCAGUCUAAAUCAAAAUUAAGUCUAUGCCAUCUGUUUUUGUGCUAUACUUUCGAGCCCUGAUAAUGCACCAGUUCGCCGACCUAUAUCUUGCUGUAGAAAAGUGAAAUUCUUAUUCUAAUCAGUGGAUGACGGAUUCUUAAAUUUCUUUAUGAUUUCAGUUGGCCGAUCUGUGAUUGCCUCAUUGCUUUCUACUCCUCUGGCUAUCCAAUACAGAAGGCAGAAGAAUAUGCUGCAUUGAGGACGUAUGCAAUUUUCACCUUAUCUUUUAUUUCUACAAAAAAUUAUUUCGUGCAUGUAAUUGCAAAGGCUUGCAAUUAAAUGAGAUGGUAGAAAAAAACUGUUCAUAUUAUUUAUAUUGAAUUAACAGUUACUUCAUGACAUGUACCUUUCGAGACAGUCACUUUACACUCUUACCAUAUAUGUUGGUCGAGGGUUUGUUUACCUCUAUCAGUCAAUUUUUUCUUUGUUUUUUUUAUUAAGGAAAUUUAUUCGUGAUGCCAACGAGUAGUUAACGUUAUCAUGUUCUGUAUUUUUACUUCUUUAUCAUCUCAUUUUAUCCUUAUACUCGUUGAAUAUCCCAUUUAUCUUCCUGUUCGCAUUUUAUGUAACUGUGUUUUUUAAUAAGGUGCGAAUUAUUUAUAUAUUCAAUUUAUAAUGUUAGUCGCAUCAACUUCAUCAUUUACUGUUUGGUCGUGUGAAUGAUUUAAAUCUAUUUUGGAUAAUAUAGUUGUAGAAAAAAGAAUGUGUGUAAAUUAUAAGUCAGUACAGAAUUCUUGAUUGUUUGUAUGAAUGUUACCAUUUUUUUUGAAAUGUGGAAAUAUGGUAGAUUUCUUGUAGGUUGUGAAUCUUUUUAUAGACAAAGGUUUGGGGAUUGAGGUGGAUUUUGUGUGGGAUAAUGCUUUAUUGUGAAAUGGAAUGACCAUGUAUGAUGAGUAUAAAAAAGGUGUGAUCUGGUAAUUGAAAAAGCGUUAUUCAUGUCCUUGGGUAUUUGAUAUUCUACUUUACCUGAGUUUAUUACGCAUGAUAAUACAAAUACGAGAACAAAUAAUGUUUUCCUCUUCCUAUUUAUUUCCUUGGACUUCUCAUUUAUUUAUUUCUUAAUUCUUUAUCAUCGUCUUCAUCUUCUUUCACCACCUCCGUCUCUCCUCUCUCUUCCUUGCUUAUCAUAGGGAAUUUAUAUUCUUUCGAAUCACAAGCCUUUUUAUUGAUGUAGCUUCAUUAAUCGUUGAUCUAUUACUGAUAUACUGACUUAGAUUUAAGAUACUGGUGAAACUAAUUGUUUUUCUUUAUUUUUCUAAUUUCAAGUGUUUUUUUUAGUAUUUUGGAUAAUCUAUAAAUUUGUUUACUUUGAAUUUUUCUUUCAUAUUUUAAUUUUUCAUGUUUGCACAUUCUACUUGUGUGUUAGGCCCUUUUUGGUGAAUGAAUUGGAACAGCAGCAUCUACUUCAUGAUAGAAGGAAGGUUUAUGAGGUAUGUUACCUGGCUUAUGAGGUCCGUUGUUUUGUUUUAGAUGCACAGUUUUUGGUUCUUACGUUAUUUUGAUGACAUAAAAGUGUGAAAUUUGUUUUUCUCAAUGCAUCAUCAUUAUCUUUUUUUGGAACUGUUCACAUUGUCACUGUGAUUUCAGAAAUCUCGGGAAUUCAUUUUAUAAUUCUAAUUUAAGCUAUGCAUUAUAAUUGACCCAACAUAAGAGCUAUCUACCCAACAUUUAUAUCUACCGAUAUACGUCAAUAUUUUCACACGAAGUGAUUAUUGUAUCUAUUGAAAACACAAGUGAUUGUUAUAAAAUGUAACCUCUUCAUCAAAUACAGAACUUUACGUAGAAGCUUUGACUCGUAUGGGAUGAAUGAAACUAAAAUAAGUCAGGCUGACAUAUGCUAUCAAUUCGUUUUAUGGAUUGGAGUAUGCUUAUGUUCCAUUGGCCGUCUUCCAUUAACACCCAAAUUGUUCAUCAUAAGAUGUGUGCCACCAUCUUCAGAUCCACAAUCUCUUGAAGUAGCCUAGUAAUUAUUUAAAAAGAAUACUCAUGGAAACAAAUGGAAUGUCUCGUCAAUGACGCACUCAUGGUAAUAGGUAACAACGAUACGUGAGUCAAAAUUUUCUUAUGACACAACUUAAUUGGUUAUUAAGUCUAAACAGGUCGCAGAGUGAGACACAAAAAACAAAAGACGUUUGGAACUCGUAAAAUAAAAGUCUCAAAUAGGUUAAAUCUUCAUGCAAGACAUAGAAUAAAAUGCUCUCAAAUGUCUUCUGGAUUUAUUUAUAAGGGUUGAAAAAAAAAAAAAAAGAGUCUUCUGGGUUGCCUGGAAGCCCUUGAUGGCACAUGCCCACUGUAGAACGCAAAGUCCAUUUCUUGAUUGCCUGCAUAUUAUUUAAAAUUUUCUAGCAAUGAAUAUUUGAUAAAACAGUAAUAUGAUAUCUGACGAUCUUUAUUUUUUUGUCCUAAUCAAUGCAUUAUUUCUUCUGUUUUAAGCGUCUCGAAAUGUUUGGAAUUCCUAUACCGAAUUAUGCACUUGUAAAUAGAGAAGCCCCGUAUCAACAUGUGGAUUACUUCAUUGAGCAAGAAGAUUAUGUUGAGGUUCAUGGAAAACGCUUUUGGAAGCCCUUUGUGGAAAAACCUAUUGAUGGUGAGACCUUAUUUUGGCUAAUCUUGACGGUAUUCAUCUUUAGUUCAGAAACAGAUGAUUUUUGCUAUAUGCUAAAUAUGUCUACGGACGAGUUUUUAGAGCGCAGGUUUCAUAUUGUAUGAAUCUGUGCAAACAUAAUAUAAGUUGUGUAUUUAUAUUGUAUAUAAUGACAUGCUUUCCUUCCACUGGUAUCACUGUAAAAUAUCAUUUUUCAAAGUACUUGUUGCACAUAAUAAACAAUAAAAAUCAGAAGUAGAAAAUGUCGACUUAUUCUUAUUUAAUGAAUGUACAUACCGGAGAAGGAUAUUUUUCAUCUUUAAUGAUUUUACGUUAACAUAAGAUUGUAAGACUACUGCAGAUGUGCCUUGGUUUUAUAUGUAUCCUCUAUUAUUUCGACCAAUUAAUGUCUUCGAGUCUCUUGUGAGAAACAGGCUGCUAUGUCUUUCUAAGUUUUCAUAGCCAUAACAUAUAUAAUGUACAAACCACCAGACUAAGAUUAUGUUUCCGUUGGUCAUUUAUGUUUAGGAGUGACUAAUGUUCCUCGACUCCAUUUUAUAUUUCUAUUCUCUUCCAAAUCUUUGGUGUGUAAUUAAUUACACUCUUGAAUGUGCAGAAACAUAGCCGUUUUUUUUCAAAUUCUGUUGGCUCUAGCACAGGCAUAUGCUUGGUGGAUUAUUAUUUCUUUUCUUAUUUUAACUAAGGAAUAAUUGCAUGGAGUAAGUUUAGGAUAAUUUGGUAUCUCUUGAAAUUUUCUGUCAAUCUUUUAUUUCUUACAGCAAUGACUCUUAACUUUUAACUUUUGCAUGACUUUGAUUAUAUUUAUAUUUUUAGGUGAAUAGCUUGUUAUUUUUGGCCGUUCUGAUUUUCUACUUGAACUGUGUGAAGGUGAUGAUCACAGUAUAAUGAUAUAUUAUCCCAGUUCUGCUGGAGGUGGAAUGAAAGAGCUAUUUCGGAAGGUGUCCUCUCUCAUAAUCUUUUAAGUGCCAUUUUCCUGAAUUCAAAUUUUUUCUUCGGUUUAUUAUAUUAAGGCGGACUCCAAUAUUUAUAGAUAUAUAUGCACAUAUAUUUCAGUAGAGAACAUAACUUUGCAAAGUUAUAUAUUUAUAAAAUGAUGUAUACAUAAAAGUUUCUUUUGAGGUGUUUAAAACUAAAUACUCAUAUUUGAGAUUAGAUCAUUAUAUUUGGCGGUUUGACAACUGGAGGCUCUUCUUUAAAUCUAGAUUUCGUGUUUAAAGUUCCAAGACGCCUGAAUCCUUUCAGUUUUGCGUUGAAAAACGAAAACAUUACGUUUCAAUGUGUUAUGAAUGCCCCGUGUCUACUUAUAUCCUAGGUGGUGCCUGGCUUCUUAUUCUCCUGAAUAAGUUCGUGUAUGGGUGAACGACGUUUGAUCCAUCAGAACGAGUGUGCUUUUUCUUAUAGAAUUUAUUAUUUUCGUACCAUGGACAACAGCUCUUCUGAUGCUUCAGGUUCAUCUGUUCUUUCAAGGACAGGCAUACCAUGGCUUUUUGAGUGCCUGCUAAUUCAACAAAUUUCUUCUAUGUUUGUUCUCUUCAAAGAUUGCAUCUACUUUUAUUUGUUUUCGAGUGUAAUAUUUGUGAAAUAUUUUAAAUAUCUCUGUAGAUAGGAAAUCGUUCAAGUGAGUUUCAUCCAGAAGUUAGAAGGGUGAGACGUGAAGGCUCCUACAUAUAUGAGGAGUUUAUGCCAACAGGAGGAACAGACGUUAAGGUUUAUUUUUCAUUUUUGGUUAUUUUUUUCAUUUCCUUAUCGAGAUUAUACCAUAAAUAACUAAUGCAAUAUGUGGAGAGAUUAUACCAUUGCUCUUCUCAUUGAACUUCUGGGGGGAAAUGAUCAUGUGGGUACUUCUCUAGUGACAAUUCUGUUAACAUUGGUGCUACAUUGCACAAAUUAACCGGCGUGAUUUCUAUGUCAGCAUUCGGAAACAUUCUAGUUAGUUUUGUUGUUUGAAAAUUUUAAUGCAUGUCAAGGCAGACCGAUCUCCCACAUCGUCGUUAUUCCUAAAUUUACGAAUCGGUUACCAAGUUCCUACAACGUUAGAGCAAUUAUUUAUCUGUUAUUUGGAAUUGAUAAUCGAGGCAUGUAAUUUGUUCAAUUUGGACUAAAGUGCAAGCUAUUUUUGCAACUAUUUUUUUCACAAGUGGGAUAUUUUUGCAACUAUUCCACGUGUUAUGGGAAACUUGCAUCGUGCAAAUUUUAUUAUGUGUUGCUUUGGAAUUUCACUACGUUUAACUCCACAUUAUAGUGAGAUAUUUACACCUGUGAUUCAUACGUUUUGUCAUUUUUUUCUAUAAAAACCUUUAUGUGCUGGUUAUCACAUAAUGAAUCCCUUGGAAUAUGUCUGGAUUUAAGGUCCAGGUUACUCUAGCAGAAUGGGGUUGAAAGAAAGAAUUCUGCAUGUUUGUGUACAGUUGGCGCGGGAUCUGUUAAUAUAAACCUGAUUCACGGUUUCUUGGUUGCUUCAAGCACCUACUGUCUGACGGGACUUAUAGAUUUUAAAUGUGUAAAUCUUCUGGGAAUUGUUUUACAAAAUUUUGCACUGAUAAAUAGUGUUAUCAUUUCACAACUUCGUAAUAUCUUUUCUUCCCUUGUUUCCUUAAACAUCUAGAACUCUAAAACCUACUUUCAACUGUGGUAUGCCAAUCCCAAAAGUAGUAACCAACGGUGACGUCAUCAGGAGGAACCGUUGUUCAGAGUGGGUGCUUGCAUUUCUUGCAAUGCUUACACACAAAUUGCACCAAUAGCUGGCGGAGGUGCACUACCAGCAGUAGCUUCCAGCAAUUGUAGACGACUUCCUUCAUGAUCAUUUCUCCAUUUCUCCUUUUUCUUCUCCUCUCAGCUAGGAAAUACUUGUCUGGAGUCCGAUCAUCCUUGAAUUCUAGCAAACUAUUGACCCCAACAUGGUUUUCUAUCCCAUAUGCUACGGUCUAAUUAUCCUAAAAAAAUUGAACGUUUUAAUUUAACAUGUGGUGUUUGGAGACCAUAAUAAUUCUUAUCGGAAAACAUUUUUUUAGAUAUGAUGAACUAGCAUUUUUUCCUUGGAUGUUGAUGUGCAAUGCUUAACCUUGGGACGAAAAACUAGUAACAAAUGUACAACGCCACUCUAAGAAACGAGAAAAGGCCCAGAGUUGUCGACCUAGGUAGCUUGAAAAUGUAAAAGCAUGAAGCACAAAAAAUUGAAGGCCCAAAAUGCGUUCAAACCUAAAAUUCAAUGCAUUAGGUAUAAACCACAUAGAUAGGAUGCCAAUUCCAUAAGAUCAAUAAUUAGUUUCCUAUUAAUUGUGUUUAUGUUGUUUUGCCCGCUGAUCCGCUUUUUUAGAAGAGUAACGACUAAUUUCGGCUCAUUUAAAGACCACCACACUGUUACAUCACAGUAAUAGAAUUUCGUUAUCUCUAGAGGCUUUUCUCUAUUCGUGGAUUCAAUCAACCUUUGUGCAUUCCAGGACGUUGUUCUGACCCUUGUGGAUUCAAAGAUGAUCCAAAUCAUUCCUUGUGAAAAUUAGGCCCAUUUCAAUGCCUAAUUUUCAUUCUAGCUCGACUUCUGCGACAUUAAGUAGCAUCUGUAAUUGGUCAAAGUUGCCUGCAGCUGUCCAGAAUGUUUUCUCAAAAUCAUCGGAAUGAUUAUUUUAUUUAGUUUUACUGUAAAUUUACUCUUUUUUAUCUAGAUAUAGUCCUUUAAGUUAAUACAAAUAUCAGGUCAUUUCCAAUAUUCUCUCUAUGAAACCCAUUCAUGCUUUCAGUGGAAUGUUCUCAUUACUGAUUUCCUGAGAAUAAAAUCAUUGUCUUUUGACAGGUUUAUACUGUUGGACCGGAAUAUGCUCAUGCAGAGGCACGGAAGUCUCCAGUUGUUGAUGGCGUGGUUAUGAGGAAUACUGAUGGCAAAGAAGUAAGUAGUCGUUGUUUGAUCAUCAAUCUGUUUAAUUUUGUAUAUCAAAUAACUUUAUGUCAUAGCUUAUAUGCUCUAUCAUCAGCCCAUUAUCUGAAAUGCAGUUCCUCUUUCAUGAUAUCCUGUGAAAUCAGAUCUAGUCCUUUUCAUGAACUUGUGUUUUCAGCCCAUUAUCUGAAAUGCAAUACCUCUUUCAUGAUAUGAUUUUAGUCGAAUUUUAAGUGACAUAGAGAAUUCUAUUCUUACUACUAAUUAUUUUUUAAGGUGAGAUAUCCAGUUCUAUUGACUCCUACUGAAAAACAAAUGGCAAGAGAUGUCUGUAUAGCAUUCAGGCAAGCGGUAAGAUCUCCAUACCUUAAAUUUCGCUUCUCUUUUUCCUCUUUGUUAACCAGUUAUUAAAAAUCUCCCUCCAUUUUGUGACUAAAUCGUGUGGUGCUUAUUCCUUGAUUGUUAGUCUAUGUACGUAUCCCUUUGUUGUUUUACAACGUUUUAAGACUUGAAUUUUUUUUCUCCAAGAUAACUUUUUUUUUAGAAAAAAGGUAAAUUAAUAACCUUUUAAAAAAAUAAAUCGUAUUAAGAGUGGAGUAAUAUGGUCGUGGUCCACUUUUAGAAAGAGACCGGGGUCUCACCCUUACUGGCUUUUUGUUCCUCCCUCAUAAUGUUUUAAUAAUUGAAAAUUCCACUUGGCAGUCUUGCUUUGCCUGAAGAUCAUUGAACAAGAAUGGCAAUGUUCUUGAGUUUACAGAUAAUUACAACGAUAACAUGAAUGAAUCCUGAGCCCUAGGCGAACCUGGAUGCUUGUCUGAGUAUUAACUAACCUUCAGUUUGUGUUUUUUUCCCUCCGAAAUUUUAUUUAACUAGAUCUGAUUUUUUAUUCCAAAUUUGACUGUUUCUCACUUUGGUCAUCAAUUAAAUUAUUCGUGACAUUAAGCAUACUAUGGGUAACUAUAUUCGUUUUCCCAUGAUGGAGUCUUUCUAUCAUAUUUAUUUAGGGACAUAAAAAUAGGAAUGACAAUUAAUCUUACACCAAUGAUUGUAGCCCUCAAAGAUAAAGCUAGUGUUUCUUUAGAGAGACGCAGAACUCAAAAUGGAUGCGAUAUAGCCAUGGUGUCCAGAAAGAGAUUUUAACUGCAUCAAGGUUCUGCAGGAAAUAAAUGGGCAAAAUAGGUGGACCUCCGAAAUGGAUAUUUUUGACCAGAGAAUCAGAGACUGUAAUCUAUGGAAAUUAACAUUCCAAUGAAAAAUUAUAUGGGUCAAUGUCUCCAGAACUUGUUUCUGCAAGACUGAACACAAUUUUCGCCUUAUACGAGCACUGGGAAAUAUCCUUCUUACAAUACACAAAAAACUGAAGAAAAGAGAAGAGUCAGUUUAGUUAUAAAGAGCACGGUUGACAUGUUAAGGCGCAAAGGAAUAGUGAGUAAUGGUGGACUGUGAUCCCCAAAAAAUUAUUUAAACAAAUGUGAUUAGUUAAUGAAGAAAAAUCAGAACAGUCAAGUACAUGAAUCCAUCUUAUCCAAGCACAACAGAAAAAAAGAUGAGGGUCGGACAUUUUUGUUUGGUCUUGCUAGUUAUCUUUGGAAAGUAAUCGUACGGGGCUAAGUACAUGUGAUAGAAUAUUUGAAAUAUGAAGACCCCAGAGUCCCUGAAUUCUCUAUCAAAUACCUGGGGGAAUAUACGAUUCUCGAUAAGUGCUAAUUAAUUUCGUUCUUGGAUGGAAGGUGAAUGGAUGUGAGGGAUUAUCCCAUUAGAUGGGAGCAUUGCCGAUUAUUUAGUGUCAGGCUAGAGAGAAAUGUCUAGAGCUUGGAAAUAGUUUGGGAUGGUUAUAGAGAUUGAUGGACGUAGGUUUCUAAAUCAGUCGUGUAUGGCCCAAAUCAAUACACUCUUCGCUUCUAAUUCAGAUUACUUCAACAUUUGUUGGGUCUCAGCUUGGAGGCAUGCGCUGUUGACAGUAGUGAAAGCAGAUACUUUUUGGAGUCUGUUGUUUUACAUUUUUAGCACUAGCAUUCCUAGUGAUAAAGAAAGUUACGCCUAGAGGUUGUGCACCAUUGUGUUAUCGUGCUGGAUCGUGUGGAGGAUUGGAAGAAGAUGAGCAAGUCAUAUGCUGCACGAGAAGGGACUAUUGUUCUAUUUGUCUUCUACAUCUUAACUGAGCACGAGAAAUGAGCAAGGUAUUUAAAAUUUUAGACUUCAAUUUGGGGCAGCUAGUUAGUGUCACACAAGGAUAUACACUUCAAUUUGAUAUAUAGUUCAAGCGCUAAAUGAAUUUAUUUUCUAUUUAAUCCGAUAUGUAGAAUUAAUGGUACCCUAAUAUUCAGCAAAUUAAGCUGUGUAUCCUCAUCUCGUUAACCUUAAAAUUUGGCAGGUUUGCGGAUUUGAUCUUUUAAGGUGCGAGGGAAGGUCAUAUGUUUGUGAUGUAAAUGGAUGGAGUUUUGUGAAGAAUUCGCAUAAGUAUGCAUUUAAUUAUCUUUUCUCCACCUACUUUGAUGAGUUGAGUCCUCACAAACGCUAGCUUUUUUUAAUUGUCCUCGCAAUGUUUUGAAUUGAAGGUACUAUGAUGAUGCUGCUUGCGUAUUAAGAAAAAUGUUUCUAGAGGCUAAAGCUCCUCAUCUUUCGUUGACAAUUCCACCUAUUCUUCCUUGGAAAGUGAAUGAGCCAGUACAACCUUCGGAGGGCUUAACACGUCAGGGUAGUGGAAUCAUAGGUACUUUUGGCCAGUCAGAAGAGCUGCAAUGCGUCAUAGCCAUCAUCCGUCAGUAAGUAUUCUCUUUUUGCUUAUAUUAGCCUCAAUGACUCUGUGGAUGUCGAAACUUCCUCUUGAUAUUUGGUAUGUAGAUACUUCAUUGUAUCAGACGUAGAGAACUCUAAUAUUGAUCGAUAUCCACUUUUGUCAUAAUUGAUUAAACAGAAACUUUUUGAUCACCUUUAUAUCAAUUUAAUUGGAGCACAAUGAAAUGGAGGUCUGAGGACGCGUUACUGAUGGUAGAUUCAUGCCUUGUGAUAAGGUGGCUUUAUGAUUAUGAUCUAGUUAUAAGAAGAAUAUCUACGGUGGAACAUUUAAUUAAUUUUUGACAAAAUUCUAGCUAUGAAAGCGAUCCAUGUUUAAAUGCCUUGAAGGAGGGUAGGAUGCAGCAUUUUUCUGCUGUAUAGUAUGCUAGUGCAACACUAGUGGAAAUGAACAGAUCUCUAUUUGUGUUUAGCUGUGGGUUGGUGACGGGUGUGGUUUUAGAUCCAAAUGAUUGCUGGGCUUCUUUUGCUGUCUCUCAUUUCUGUGAAAUGCUUCAUAUUUGAAGGCCUUCUGUUUUCAUAUAACUCUCAUUCCUUUUUACAAGCGCUGCUUUGGCUUAUGCUUUUUCUGUGAAUUUCGGCAGUGGUGAUCGUACACCGAAACAAAAAGUGAAGCUGAAAGUUACAGAGGAAAAGCUGCUAAAUCUGAUGUUGAAGUACAACGGUGGGAGACCACGAGCAGAGGUGCUUUUGUUAAAACUUAUCAUUUUUUUGAAACGUUUAAAACCAGUUGAGAUGCAGUUUUUGACCAUGUACUUAGUUAUUUUUUCUAUCUUUAGAAAUAAAACGAAAGAGAAAAAAAAGUAUGAAAGAAAAAAUGCCAUAAGCAUUGAAAUGCAUUUCCUGCUAAAAACCUGAUUCCUUCAUUUGGAGCAUUGUCACCAUCAGCAGGUUCUCACGUAUAAAACAAAAAAAAACGUUUCUAGUCUUUCAUUUUGAAAUACAGUUUACAUUUCAGCGAUUGUCACUCUCCAUUUGUUGAAAUGUUGAGAUGCAUGUAGAGACAUUCCUUUGUGAUUCUCUCUACACAACCUUUCUGGAAGAGUGCUCUGUACUCCAGGAGAAUGACGCAUUCCGUUUCACUUGUCUAUCUUGUGUAUAUUCUUCUGUAAUAAUUCGGUAAAGGACAUGUUUCAUUUCAUGCUUAUUUCGGCUUUUUAUAAAUGCCAUCCUUCAAUCGUUGUAUUAAAGCCUUGGAUUGCUGGAGAAGAUUCUUUUUUCUCGAAACUCUAUUUUUUCUAUAUUUUCAAGUUUAAUUUGCUGAAUUAUCCUGUCCAUGGAAACAUUCAUGUAUUUACAUCCAUGCAUAUUUUGGAUUGUUGAAAAUCAUGUUCAGUCGAGUAUGAUAAAAACAAAAAAUCAGUUGUAGUUUUCUUCGUAAAUCACAUAAAUUUAGUUAAAAAGUGUAACUCCAAUUUAUUUGAUCAAAAUCCAUCCUUUGCUGGAAAACUUGGUGUGAGCUGUCUUAAGAGAUCUGUAAAUUUAGACCUUAGCAUCCUGAAGUGAAGAAAUUCAAGAGGAGUUUGGAAGGGCUCAGAUGCUGAUAAAAGCAUUUACAACCCGAUGAGAUUGCCUCUGUUACAUUUUUAACAGCUUGUGUAUUAUGGCAUGAAUCGUAAUCAAUGUUAGCUGAUACUUACUCUUGCCAUCCCAAUACCCUAUGAGUCAAAUCCCUAAAAGCCUAAUCCAGGUAUGGUCAGGCUGUCUCCUCGAAAAACGCUUCUGUACCCAUAUGAUCAAUGUUCCUUCUUUUUAUUUGAAUUUUGUUUUAGAGAGUAAACGUUUGGUAUGUUUUUUAAGGCUUUACAAUGGGGUACACAUUUUACACAAUUCACUUCUGGUGAAAAGAAUCUUGAUUAAUGGCAUGCCCAGCCUCACGCAUUCUACUAUUUUGUUGUUUUUGAUUGGUCUAGCCUGGUGGAAACCCCAUAAAACGCAUGGAAAAUGAUAACUUAUUAUCGACCAGUAUCCAAAUGAGAGGAGACCAUCAUUAGAGAACCCCAAGGUCAUAGGAUGAGACUAAAAAAGAGGAAAGUGGUUUCGAAUGUAAAACUGGAAAGACUCUUGCAAGCAAUCUCCUAUAUGCAUUUGAGAUAAUGAACGAUCUUCUACCGAGAUUAAAGCUGGCAUGCAUCAAAUAUGUACGUAGAGUUAUGACUGAGAGUUGAAAAAAAUAUAUAAAAAAAGAAGUAACUGAAUUAAAAUGUUUUUUAUCUUUUUCAGACAAAGCUUAAAAGUGCGGUUCAAUUGCAAGAUCUGCUGGACGCAACAAGGAUUCUGAUUCCGCGUACAAGGUGUCUACUAAUAUUUCUGUGGCAUAUAUUUAUUUGGAUUUUUAGGAAUUCAUAUGUUUAAAACAUAUAAUAAACUUUUAGGUGGAAGGUCUUUUCUCGAAAAAAAAGUGUAAAACAUGUGUUAAACAAAAGCCUUUCCUUCUCGUGAAAGUGUUGUAUUUCUGUCAAUGAUCCUGAUAGUUCAAUGUAUCUCCUUGAUUAAUAAAUCAUUUUAUUCUUUUAGACAAUCUUUAAUUUUCUCAUGUUUUUAUUGUAAUUUUAUAGUUUUAUUCAUUUAUAUUUAUAUACUAAAUAGCGGAAUAAGUGGAGUCAUUUGCGUUGUGUAUGAAAGACAUUCACGUUGAGAUCAUUUAGGUUUGACUCUGAAGAACUUUCUUGUGAUAUCAUUAGCAACAAACCCGAAAAACUUUUUCAGGUCAUGGAAUUAUAUGAGUAACCAAAAUUAUAGUGAUAAUAUUUCUGAUGGAUAAUCUGAUAGGCUUUAAUGAUAUCAACAGAUCUGGUCGUGAAAGUGAUAGUGAUGCUGAGGACAUUGAACAUGCUGAAAAACUCCGUCAGGUUAAAGCAGUUCUUGAAGAGGUAUUCUCUAUUGAAAACAUUUAUCAUUGUUUCUUUUUUGUCAAAGUAAGUGUCUUCGGCUCAAACUAUUUAUCAAAUAUCUGUUGUUUAAGGCACCAUGCCAAGAUUAGUGCUUAUCCAGGUUCCUGAAGCAUUGUUCUUAUACUGAAGUCACUGGAGAGAGAUUUCGGUGACCUAGCCGUGGUUUUAUCCUAGGACAGACGCGCUUAAUAUUUAUCUACCAAAGAAUUAUUAAUCACUUUAUCUGUCUACGGAUUUCGAGAGAAGUUUCUAGUUUCCAUUAUUUGAAAAAAAUAGCUCGGUUCUGCUUUGUAGUUCAGUACGUUUUUUUUUAAAGGAAAGAACAUUUUCCCGCAUAUUACAGUAAGAUUUAGUCGCAUUGUGUGAGAAUGACCAUAAAGAAGUCACUGCAAUGAUAAAUUCCUUGGACACCCAUGUAGUACGUCUUUUGAUCAUUGGGAUGGAAGACAUUCCUCUUUUCCCAUAUUGCCAUCAUAGGCCCAAUAGCCAGAAAUGGACGUAAAUCAUUUAAGUGAGUUCAAUUCCAAUCCAAGCACACCCAGGAAGGGAUUCAGCAUGUUGUGAUAAGAACGCAACUAACUUUCAGGCGUUGGGCAGCUUCCAGAUCUCAGAUUCAUGUAAAGCAUUUAAGUGGAUGGAUGAGGAAAAGGCAACAUGUGUGUGGUCGCUUUAGUAGAUUAAAGCAAAAUAUCAUAAACACCUUACGGAAAAUUCUACUACAUCACAAGCUUGGAUCUACAUGCCCACUUCACCUCAGCCCUCAGGCCACUAUGGCCACUCAUCAAGUAGCUUACUUAUGCAGUCCAUAGAUACGGGUCUCAGAAUCUCAUGAAAACUUGGACGCGUAUCUUUCUGGCAGGGGGUGCACUUGUAACUAACACUUCCAAUACUCUGGAUAGUGUUUUGGUAUACAAAUGACUAGUAAUGUGCCCUAUGAUUUCUUAAAUUUUCAGCUUUUUUGUUAGCGUUUUUCAACACAGAACUUCCUUCAGGAUUUCCAACAAAAAUAGCUUACUAGCGUGUUGGAGGCGUGUAAUAUCAAGUUCUCUAAUAUCUGAUAGAGUAGACAUGAUAGUGUCUCCAUGUGCCUGUACCGGUAUGGAUGUAUAUUUCAUAGCCUUCUACAAACUUCUUAUAUGUUUUGCACCUUUUAUCGACACAAUUGACAGAAGUAUUGACAGAAAUUCAUAAUUUUACUCAUCGAUCCUUACAUAUUAUUAGUAUUGCAUAUCUGCGUUUGUUAUUUGAAGCAUUAUUUUUGUUCUUAGGAAUUUUUUCAUUGAGUCGUGCCAUCACUAACAAUGUGUCUUUGGCUUAUACCUGUUCAGGUGCACCAUAAUUUUUAUGAAUACAUGCUCGUGUAAAGUUCGAUAUUUCAAGUAGGAUGACGUAGUAUAACUUAUAUAAUUAUUUUAUUCUCUUUUGUUUUGGAGAUGAAAUAUGAUGUUCCUGAAAAUCUAAAGUGUGUUUUCUAGCAUCAUGUAUUACUAUUUCUGUUUAAGAGAAUAUUUCGUAAGAUUUUUCUGAUGUUGGAUUCCAGGGUGGACGUUUUUCUGGUAUAUACAGGAAAGUGCAGCUAAAACCACUCAAGUGGGCCAAGGUGCCAAGGCAUAAUGGUGACGGUGAGGAAGAACGCCCUAUCGAAGCAUUGAUGGUUCUCAAAUAUGGAGGUGUUCUUACUCAUGCUGGAAGGAAGCAGGUACAUAUUUUUCGACAACCUGACUAAGUUUAUUGAUACUGAAUGCGUCUCUUCCUGGAAAUCUAGUGUCCGUGCUACAAGCAGCUUUUAGAAUGUAUAAACUUGUCUGUGCAGUCUUCAUGUUAAAUUCUGUAUGAUGAAUUUAUAGGUCAAGUUUGAGGUUUGAUGCACGUUAAUGGUAAUUUUGUGCAUUUUUCUGGGGCUUGUCUAUUGCGCAAUUCAUCUCAUCAAUUACCCUUUUUUUCAGGCUGAAGAGCUUGGAAGAUACUUCAGAAACAAUAUGUAUCCAGGUUUCACAUCGAUUAGCUUUGUUUAAAUUUGCGGUCAUUGAUUUUUCUUUGCGUGCACACAUUGUGAUAAUGUUAAUGUACCACAGACAUGAUCGUGGAAAACGGUAUUAUGUGUCUUAUUAUGAUUUCCUAUUGUUUUCAAUGCGUAAUGAUUCAGCAUGAUCCUUAUGAUUGACAAAUAUUCUUAAAAAUUGGGUUUUCUGUUUUUUGAGCCCGCAUCAUCAAACGAUCUUAAAUAUUUUGGUUUCUGGUAUUGAAAUAAAGAAUAAACAUAUUUAUGAUUCUCAUCAUCACUUGUUUUUAAUUAACAUUUCUGUAGCUGUCUGCAGAUUUUGUCUGACUGAGUAUUCAUCCUUUUUUAUCUUUCGUUGAAAGACUAUGGGAAAAAAAUUCUUCUUUUUUAAAUAUCCAAAUGCAUGAGUUCACUUGCUACAUACGUUUACUUAAUUAGGUGAGGGCACUGGGUUGCUUCGUCUUCACAGUACUUAUAGGCAUGACUUAAAGAUAUACAGUUCGGAUGAGGGACGGGUUCAGGUACAGUAUAUGUCUCCAUCAACAUGACAUUCCUUUGUUUUUGACACAUACUGUAUUCUUAUUUUGCGUUUGAUUUCAUAUUUAAUCACCUUUUGUUUGGAAAAUCUUGUUCUUUUCCCUUUUUUUUUCAUAUCUCACUCUCCCUUCUAUCCAGAUGUCUGCAGCUGCAUUUGCCAAAGGGCUUCUUGAUUUAGAGGGUCAAUUGACACCAAUUCUGGUUUGUAUGUCCCUUUUCUAGUCAUUUGAAAGAUGCGUUAAUACCAACUGAUUAUCAAUGUGUCCUCCGUGUCAAUUCUUAAGGUUUCACUUGUGAGCAAAGAUUCUUCGAUGUUGGAUGGUCUAGAGGAUGCCAGUAUCGAAAUGGAAGAAGCAAAGGUCAGAUUUCCUGUUGAAGUAUUUGCCUAUUUCUUGUAGCAUCAGGAUCAAAACUUUUCCAUCUUAAGAAAAUCGAUAUAUUCAGUUGCGUGUUCGUUUGGGCGAUGGUAUUCUCUUCUAAUUUUUUAAGUGUUUAUAGAAGUCUGAUUAAUGUAUGAAACAUGAAAGUUUGUUAUUCUCCUAUCUAAUUUAUUUUGUUCUAGCCAUGUCAUUAAAUAUGAUACCCAUUUCUCAUCUGAUUUCAAGGCCAGGAUACAUGAUAUCAUUUCUGAGACUAAGAGUAUGCAUCAUAAUGGCCAUGCUGAGUUUCCCUGGAUGAUUGAUGGUGCUGGUCUUCCUCCUGAUGCCAACAAACUACUUCCAAGAAUGGUACUCACGCAUUCAAAGCACCUACUAACAGUCAUACCUUUUCCGAUUUUUUUCUUUUCAUUUUUACUCAAUAUUGAUUUUAUUAUAAUCAUUCAUAUAAAUAUACUGUAAAAUUAAUUUACAUGUUUUGAUCGUCUCAUCUUGACUCUUUUAUUUUGAUAGCCUCAUCACUAUUUUCAUAAAAAAAAAAUGUAUAUCAUGCGAUAAAGAGGUCUAAGUAUGAUUUUAUAGAACCUUGACUCUUCGAUUCAGGACUACGUCAAUGAGAAUCAAAAUUUAACUCCUUAUAUUGCACGAUAAUUUUUCGGGAGGCAAUCUGAGAUCAUAUUUCCAAACCCAAGCUGUGAUGGUGUUAAAAAUUGUUUACAAGAAUAUGUCGGAUGGGAUCUUUGUUUUUUCUUUAAUCUCAUGAACAGAGACAUGAUCUAAUUUAUUCCAGUCGUGUAGAAGGUGAAAGACUGUAAGAAGAACCUCUGGUUGAGAUUUAUUGAGAAAGACAAUAAAAUUCCUACAAUGCCUCCCUAUGAGAUUUUUUCAUUGAAAAGAUCAUGUCGAUCCUGCCUAGAAUGGGUUUAACCUAUGUUUCAUCGGGGACAGCAUCUAGUCCUUUUGUUAUAAGUUCGUAUGUCUGAAUAAAUAAGCGGUUUUUGGACUUGGAUAAAGUCCCACCUGUUACUGAAUAGGCCAAACUCUAGAUUUUGUGAUGAAUGGAGUAGGUCUUUAUGUUUAAUCAUUAGAACUUAUCCAUUCGUGUGAGUUGACUCUAGAUUUGGAUGUUGUGAUCAUAGACAUGUGGUCCCACCUAUCUCGAGACUAUUAAGGCAGAUUGCUAGUGAACUGGACCACCUUGGUACUCAAAUCACGUCAGUCACCUCGUACGGGCUCAUGUACGACCCAAGCUCCUCCAUUUAAUGUGUAUAGAUUAUUAAAAAGGAUUUAUUGUUGACCAACUUAUGUGCAUGUGGAACUGGUAUUAGUUUCUUAAAUACGAAGUUUUUUUUUUUCUCACUCUUGUCGGAUGGCUCCUCUCCAAAUCCCCAUGGCAUGCAUAGCUGAUGCCAAAGGUAGAAAUUCUUGUAGGUGACACCGGUUGAAACCACUGGUGUUGGCAGCAAGGUUGGAACUUGAGACUAAGGAAGAAGAAUAAACCAUGGAAGGGGAUAGGGCUGUUUUGCAGAAGUGCAUGUGGAGGGUUUGGCAGCCAUUUGAGGAACUACAGUGAUUGUGAGAGACCUCUCUUCCUCUUUCGUAACAUUUCUCUCCUUGUUUUUCCCUCCCGUGUCAACUCCUUUUUUUCCUUCCUCAGGUCCCACUGUAGAGAUUUCUUCACAAAGUUUUGUCGAGGAUUAAUAUUUUACCGACACAUUUGAUUCAUACAAGUCGAAGUCAUAUGUACAAGCCAACUACGUUUUGAGGGUUUCCUAGUAAGAACCUAAGUCUGAGUCAGCCGAUCCUGCUGGGAUUCUCUUCACUUUGCCGCUACUUCUGAAUUUAUCUUCCUUACAUAUUUAAUGGUCCUUUCAGCAUUUGUAUCCCUGAUCCUUGGAUGUGCUUCAACUUUUCUCGGGGAUCUAACUUCUAACUUCAAACAAAUGUUAGAGCCUGCCUUUCUGGGACUCCUAACGCUUAGAAUUUUCCUUUCUUGAGGUAAAACUGGAAAAGAUCUCGCUUUUUAGAACCCGGACAGGUUCUCACGAAUCAUAUUGAUCCUUCAAUGAUAUAUCAGUGACCCUCGUGAUAUCUGAAUCAUUGUUUUGUCGGGGAAUUAUCGAUGUCAGAGUGUUUAUUUUUUUAUUUCACCUCUGGAAAGUUGCUGUUCUCUACACUUGGGACCUAGGUAAACAAAAUAAAAUGCUUAUCCCUGUAUAUUUUCAUGAUCUCCACAUUUUUCUUAAAUAGGCCAGAUUAACUAAGACAAUAACUGAGCAAGUAAAGCUGCUUGCGGAAGAUGAGGAUGAGAAACUUGCCAUGACAAGCUCAUAUGCAGUUCUUCCACCAUAUGACCAAGCAAGGGCCCUUGGUAAGACCAAUAUUGACAUGGCACGUAUUGCUGCUGGAUUGCCUUGUGGCAGUGAGAGCUUCCUUCUGAUGUUUGCUCGCUGGAAGAAGCUUGAGAGAGACUUAUACAAUGAACGAAAGGAGUAGGUACCCUGACUUAUCUAUGCCAUUCAUCCAAUAUACUAUAUCAUCAUGUGAGCAGUUCGUCGUUCUGUCUUCAUUUUACACUCUGAUAAUAGAGCAAGCUAAUUAUCCCCACAUUUCACUAAUUUUGAAUGUUAGGGCGCCUUGAAUUUAUACUGAACUUGUGUUCUUAUGCAACAGCCGAUUCGACAUCACACAAAUCCCUGAUGUUUAUGACUCGUGCAAGUAAGUUACCAAAACCCUAUAUGGCGUAACAGUCAUAUUUCAAUAAUUAUGCCAUAAAAAUAACUGGGCAAGCACAAUAAUGCAAGGUAUUUUCUAUGUACUUAUGUUUAAAUAUUGCAAAUAGUGUCCAUUAUGAUAAUGCAAGGUAUUUUCUAUGUACUUAUGUUUAAAUAUUGCAAAUACUGCCUAUUAUGAUAAUACUCUCCAAACAUUUUGGUCUUUAAAUUUUCUUGAGAACAAUAACACGGUGCAUAUGAAUGAUAAAGGUUCAGACAUUUCACUAAAAGACAUGUCAGAGCCUGUAACUAAGGACCCUGGGAAAAUUAGAAGGUAAGAGAAUGGAAGACUUAUUCAUCCAUCAUUUCAAAUGCCAGGGAGAAGUAUGAGGUACGCUUGAUGAUCCAAAAAAUGGUCCAGAAUUAGAUGUCGGCAAUAAAUUGUUUCUGGUUCAGAAUCGCUCACUAUUUCGUUAAUUUUAUGAAAAUUAAUGGCUGUGAUAAAUUUUCGGUAGGAGAGGUUUAUUUGAUUUGGAAACAAAACAUUGAUGUGCAUUACUGGCCAAAUACAAAUUUUGAAUUUCAAGACAGCGUGUGAAAGGCCAAAGUUGCAAAGACAGUAUGAUUUUAUUAAUAUGGUGUGGACGUCUUUCGGAGAACAAUGAUUCAGGACGACAUCCAGACAGAGAGCAUAGGCUUAAUCAUGUGUUCCAGCAUUACUUUUUGGUGACAAAAAUAUUUGAUCAACUAUUAGAUUCUAUCACUCGAUUGAAAUUUGUUUCUAAUCUUUUUCUUCGUGCUAUUUUUUUGACCUAUUUUCAUGCUUACUCUUUCCUGUUUUAUUUUCUGACAGGUAUGACCUCUUGCAUAAUUCGCAUCUUAAUCUAGAAGGAUUAGAUGAGCUGUUCAAAGUCGCUCAGGUAUGCAUUUAGUAUAAAACCACGUUUUCCUCUGAAUAAUAAUUAGUAGAGGUAUUUGGCCUCAGGGUGUUACAUCAACGUUCACAUAUGAACGCAGAUCUAGUGGAUUUGAGUGAAUAUCAAUUCCUCUGAGGCUUAGCCCUUGCUCUACCCGCGUUACACUUCUGCUGCUCUUUCGUAAUUCGUAGAUCUUUCAUAAUAUUUGGAGGUGCUACAUGGUUAGAGUGCUAAAAUUAACUUCAUUGAAACCUGGUUUCAUCAGGUGCUUGCAGAUGGUGUCAUUCCGAAUGAAUAUGGAAUAAAUCCAAACCAGAAACUGAAAAUCGGCUCAAAGGUACGUGGUUCAUUCACUAAAUGCAGAUCGUUUCGUGGUCUGUUCAGGGUUGCAAUUUCUUUCUAAAUAUUAUACUUUCAAGGUCUCUAAAAACGGUUCUUAUUUUGAAUUUCAAUAGUUGACUAGUGUCUGUAGAUUUGUAUCGCUGUGCAGUGGCAGGCUUUUUGCAACAUACUAGUAGUGAUAACAGGGGAAACUGCCCUUUUAAACCCUCCGUAGAUCGUUGACCCAGUGCCGUCUUCCACCUAUACCUCGUCAUGAUGAUACCAGAAUUUUACAUCACCUCACGAGAAUUGCCGCUCUUGUUAGCAAGUAGAUCUAUCUCAUAUUAACCAACAGUAACUGUGGUCCUUCAGAUUGCUCGUCGUCUGUUGGGAAAAAUCCUAAUAGAUCUCAGAAACACGCGCGAGGAAGCCAUCAGUGUUGCUGAGCUCAAAAGUAGUCCGGAUCAGCGGUCAAGUCAGACAAAAAUCAGGAAGGAGGACAUCGACAACCAGUCGAGGACUCAGACCAAGAAUGAAGACACGAGAAGGUGUAGUUUCACAAGUGAGAAGUCUUUGGACCAGGAGGACGAUGAGGACAAAGAGAUCAAGUAUCGCCUAGAUCCAAAGUAAGGACUUUGAUCAUUUCUCCAUUUUCUGCCCUCUCAAAACCUCUCUUUUUUAAGAAAAACUCACCUUCCUGGUUUUUCUAUGUCAGGUACGCCAAUGUAAAAACCCCUGAGCGACAUGUCCGGACCAGGCUCUAUUUUACAUCAGUAUGUCCUCAAUCUUCUCCAUCAAUCACAUUAUCUUGCUGCCGGCCAUAUCUUUGAAUGUCCACGCCUCAAUGCGUUGUAAUCCUAGGAAGAUCCGCCCGAUCCAUAUCUUCCUAUUUCUAUCGCAACUAUCCCCAUCUAGAUACUCCACAAAAUCCAUUAUCUUGAAAACAUCUUUCAAACAUACUCGUAAGAUCAUAUGACAUGAAACGGCGCGAUGCCACUGCAACAUCUGCUUUUGGCAGACAUUCUUCAAAAGUAAGCAUAAUCAUAAAAGUCGCUACCAAAUGAACUUUUUCUUUCGGAUUUCUCUUUUCCUAUUACGAAUUUAACUCCUAUGAAAUGUAUGACAUUCAUGUAAAAAUCCGUUUUUCAUCUUCUGCGAUCGUAGUUCUGUGGUUUCUGUGAAUCUAAUCGAUGCCAUCCGGUAACGCAGGAAUCUCACAUACAUUCUUUGAUGAAUGUACUUCGGUACUGUAACUUAGAUGAGUCCCUACAGGGAGAAGAAAGCUUGAUCUGUCAUAACGCCUUAGAGCGACUAUCCAGAACACGGGAACUUGACUACAUGAGCUAUAUUGUCCUCAGGAUGUUCGAAAAUACAGAGGUAUGAAAAGUCUUUCACAACUUUUUAGCUUCCAGCGUCAGAAAUAGCAUUUUCUCUCCAUACCUCCUUGCGUUGUCUCUGCGCACAAGGCAUGUGGAUCACCUCGAAUUAUCUUCAUUCAGAUUAUCGAAAAAGAAUAUUCGAUCCCUACUGUACUAAUCCAUCAGUCGAUGGAAACAUAAUACUGGGCAUGCAUUUUCCUGCUCCUCGUUUCCCGUCGGUAGAGUAUCACCUAGUAAUUCAACGGAUGAACUUAAAAUGCAGGUGAGUGUUGAGGAUCCUAAGAGGUACCGGAUAGAGAUGACGUUCAGCCGCGGUGCAGAUUUGAGCCCUCUGGAGGUAAAUUACAUCCUUCGGGGAUGGCACGGCACGACUGUCCGGGAUGGGCUACUUAAUCUCGGUCAUUCUCUAAACUGUCUCUGUGCAGAAUAAUGAAGGAGAAGCCGCAUCAUUGCACCAAGAGCACACGCUGCCCAUAAUGGGGCCCGAGAGGCUGCAGGAAGCGGGGUCAUAUCUCACUCUAGAGAAGAUGGAGAUGAUGAUCCGCCCAUUCGCCAUGCCAGCCGAGGACUUCCCCCCCCCGGCGACACCUCAGGGCUUUUCGGGGUACUUCUCCAAGAGCGCCGGCAUGCUGGAACGCCUCGUCAAUCUCUGGCCAUUCAACAAGCACGCCUCAGGCAACAGAAAUACCUGA